AUGAUGAACGACCCUAGCUCGUGGAGGAUGAUGAACGACCCAAGCUCGUGGAGGAUGAUGAACGACCCUAGCUCGUGGAGGAUGAUGAACGACCCUAGCUCGUGGAGGAUGAUGAACGAUCCUAGCUCGUGGACGAUGAUGAACGACCCUAGCUCGUGGAGGAUGAUGAACGACCCUAGCUCGUGGAGGAUGAUGAACGACCCUAGCUCGUGGAGGAUGAUGAACGACCCUAGCUCGUGGAGGAUGAUGAACGACCCUAGCUCGUGGAGGAUGAUGAACGACCCUAGCUCGUGGAGGAUGAUGAACGACCCUAGCUCGUGGAGAAUGAUGAACGACCCUAGCUCGUGGAGGAUGAUGAACGACCCUAGCCCGUGGAGGAUGAUGAACGACCCUAGCUCGUGGAGGAUGAUGAACGACCCUAGCCCGUGGAGGAUGAUGUACGACCCCUAG